CCAUCGCGGCGGGCUUCAUUUGGGCUUGGACCAUUGCCCAGAGAACAGUUGGCUUUGGCUUCACUGGACCCCGUAUUCCCGUGCUGGAGGUGAUCUUGCACCAGAAGAUCACAGUGGAAGUAGUGUAAGCAAGUGUGUGUGUGUGCAGGUGAAUGUGUGCGCGUUUGUGUGUCCAGAGAAAAGAAACGGGACUCUUGCUCCCACAAGGGAAGCCCAAGCUGUGUUGGGCUUUGAGGUUGCUCACGCAGAAAGUGAAGUAGUGCAGCAAAACAAAACGAUCGCUAGGGAACGCUAGCGAGCGACGGGGAAACUAAAACGAACGGGACUUGGGUGUGUGUUUUUUUUUGCUAGAAAACCCUGGAAGUUGAAAUCAAAGUCGAUACGACACAAAAAAAGGAAGACCAGUUCGGAACCGAUUAAAAGUGAACCUUUCGGAAGAGACGUAUUAAAAGUGAACUGUUCCCCCAAUCUGAAGGACCUUUUGGUGUUUAAAGUGUGUAUUGUGAUCUAACCAGCCAAGACUGGCUUAAGACGUGUCGUAUCAUCCUACAGCGGAAUAACCGUUAGCAGUAGCACCAGGUGGAGAAAAUGUUGCUAACGAGCGGCAGUACCAGCAGCGUCCGGCAGCGAUCGAGAGUGAUCGUUUCCGUCGCUAGCAUGAUUUUGAUCUGUUUCCUCGCGGACCAGACUAGCGCACUGCAGGGAUACUAUGGUACCAAGAUUGGAGAUCUUUCUGAGCUGCAUCAUGGUGUGUCCGGUUCGGUCUAUGCGGUGGAUGCCAGGACUCUGUUUCUGAAGAACUUCAACUACGACGGUGAAGGUCCCGCUGCCUACUUCUACGUCGGUAAUACGCGAGCCCCUAGCAAUAAGGGUGCGCAUCGUCUGCGGGAUGAGCGGGGCCGGGCCGGCGUGCUGAGGCGGUAUCGUAACGAGGACAUUACGCUCUCGCUGCCGGAGGGCAAGACGCUGCGCGACAUUCGCUGGUUCUCCGUGUGGUGCGAUGACUUCUCGGUCAACUUUGGUGAUGUGCAGAUACGGAACGAUCUGGACUUUCCGCGCCCGACCAAGAUCGCGGGCCUGAGCGGGGUGCACGAUGUCAGCUCGGACAACAUCGUGAUCGUCGAUGCGCAAACGCUGCUCGUACCCAACUUCAGCUACGAUGGCGAAGCACCAGAUGCCAAGUUUUGGGUGGGACGCGGGCCAGCACCGACAUCGCAGGGUAUUCGCAUCCCAGACGAGAAUGGCAAGGAGACACCGCUGCGUCGCUACGACAAGAAGACGAUCGUUCUGACCCUGCCCGGUGAUCUGACCGUGUUCGACAUUGGUCACUUUGGUGUGUGGUGCGAGGCAUUCACUGUCGACUUUGGGCACGUGCGCAUCCCGGACCAGAUCAAUGUGCCACCGUCGCUGAAGAUGCUUGGCAUCAGCCCACAGUCGAAGCUGAACUGUGAAGUCCUGCUCGAUGAGUUGGCCUUUGAGGUUCGUUGGGCCGUCGCCGGUGAAAGUGUGGUCGUACAGCUUGUUGCAAAGUUGGAUGACGGCGAGUACAUGUCGUUCGGCGUUUCACCCAAUCCACAGCAGAGCCAGAUGGUGGGAGCCGAUGUAGCCGUAGUCUGGGUAGAUAAGGCAACGGGCAAGGGCUACGCACAGGACUACUAUCUUGAUGCUAAAUCGCAGUGUUCGGGUGGACGUGGCAGCUGUCCUGAUACACGCAUUACCGAGAAUAGUAACUCAAUCCGGCUGCUAAAUGCGGCCAUGGUAAACGGUUACUCGAUCGUCACGUACCAGCGUCCGCUGCGUGCUGCGGACCAUCUCGAUCUGCCCGUGUUUACCAACGCAUCGCAGGCGAUCAUCUGGGCCGUAGGUCCGUUGAAUCAGCGCUACGAGGUGUCGUACCAUUCGCACUAUCUGAAGGGUAACAAGCUGAUUGACUUUGGGCGCCAACCGUUCUGGAACUGUCCGACGCCGGAAUCCGACCAGAAGCAGCCAGAACAGCCACAAAAGCUGUCCUCGGGCGCUGCGCCCAGCUAUGGUGGUGGCAAUCGACGGGAGGAUGUAGCGAACAGUGUGCAGCAGCAGCGGCCACAGGUGCCGGCAACGGCGAGACCGCCAGCGAAACCAGGUGCAUGGGACAUUCCUCCGAUCCAGUGCUACGAACCGGAGGACGGCGUGUUCUACGCUCAGAUGGGCCCCACCGGUGGCAAACAAGGAUAUCCAGCUAUUACGGGCCAUGUCGGAUGGGGAAUUUCGUGGUAUAUCAAUGGUCUUUUGAUUCCCGAGAUUAACGUGGUUCGUGGUAAGACGUACACAUUUGUUGUUGAGGGUGGGCUGGAUCCUAACGUACCGGCAAAGUACCAUCCUUUCUACAUUACGGAUGACUCAGUCGGGGGAUAUGAACAUCAAUCGGAGGAAGAUCGUAAGAACAUUCGCAUCUUUGCCGGUGUACAUCGUAGUCGUAGCGGAAAGCUUGUGCCGACCGGUGUUGGACGCCUCUGCAACUGGACGCCAAAUCCGGAUGGACCACCGUCGGACGAAUAUCCUUCGUUUGGUGCGUACCAGCGCAGCCUGUCGCUGAAGUGUGAUGUUGGUGAGCCGGGCAUCAUCACCUGGACGCCGGAUGCGGACACCCCGGACACGGUGUACUACCAAUGCUUUACCCACCGUUACCUGGGCUGGCGCAUCAACGUUCACGACGCGUGCGAUGUGGCACAGCCAAGCGAGCUGGACGAGGUGUACGCCGAACCGAAUGAGGGCAUCUCUGUGGAGGAAUCGAUCCGACAUGAGUCGAAAGUGCUGCCGGCAGAUAACUUCCUACAGCAGCAUGAAAACUUCCUACAAAAGCACGAGCUGGAUUUGAUCAAGCACCACAAGAUGACGCCGGACACGAAGAAGGAAGAGUCGUUUGACAUUAACCUGGAAGAGAACCCCGAGAUGACUCGCAUCAUUGAGGAUGGCAUUCGGGCGGCGGAAGAGCUGGAAGAGAAGCUGCGUGCAAAUCAGACGGUGGAGAGCGUCAAUCAAACCAUACCGCAUCAGCAUCACCCGGGCCAUCCGGGUUUCGGUCCCGGUCCCGGUCCCCAUGGACACCGUCACCCGCCUCCACCCGGAUAUCAUGGUUCGGCAAAACCAAUUCUUUCCUCGUCCGGAUUACCAGUUUUUCUGCGCCCACCAAACAGCGGUCCAAUGUUCCGCCCGGUGAAGCUGCCCGUGCGUCGUCCGAUCGGGAUCGAGCGUCGCCCGAUGCACGGCCCGAGCCGUCCUACGCGGCCAUUCGUUAUCCCGCAACCAUCGAUGAUCGUGAGCCACUACCAGAAGCCGGUCGCACCGUUGAUGCGUCCGUUCGUGGCGAAGGGUAAGAUGCCGAUCAAGGCGAUCGCACCGAUCCUGCUGCUGGGUGAACCGACCGAAAUUAAACCCUUCCGCAAGGGACCCUCGGUGGAGAUGAUGGUGGCGAAACCGCCGAAACAGAUCUCGGGUGGUGAGCAGCGACCGCCCAGCUCACCGGGUGGUCCACCAUUCGCCCUGCCGGACAUGCCACCACAAUUAACGAUGAGCUUGAAGAAGAACGAACCGGUGCCGAUCACGUUGCCGAUACGGCACACGAAACCGGUGAAGGAAUCACUGAAGCCCAACAUUAAACCCAUCUUCAAGACGCCGUACGAUGUGUCGGAAUCGAAAAUGUCGUACGAAACGCAUGCGGCUAAUCACGGCUUCGAGCCCAGCUCGGUCGUAGUGGAGAGUGGCUUUAAGCCGAUCUACCGCCGCAAGGACGAUUACGAUCUCGAGUUUGAGGACAACAGGGCACAUGGGUUCUUGCGCCGCCAGGACGACGACAUCGACGAAGCGAUCGAGAGCGAUGCGCUGAUGAUCCACGGGGAGGACGAACCGUCGAAGCAAACGUUCGAGCCGAUGUUUAUUCCCUCGCCGUUGGAUAGUAUGGCGAUGGCACAGGUGAAACCGUCCGCUGGCCCGGCCCGUGAAUCGGCCACGAAGCGCAACGUCGAAAUUCUGCCAGACGAAACGGCCGACGUGGUGGGCGAAGGGCAGGACGCGUUGGGCGCUGCAAACGAACGGGUCGAUCCGUUCUAUCUACCACCGAUCGGGUCGGACGGGUCGGUUGUUUCUUUCGAUGGCAAAGCCGUGCUGGACAUGUCGCUCGUCAACGGACCUACGGCGGUUUCGCACCAGAGCGAACCGCUGCCACCGGUCGGUGGUCCGGGCACAAAGGCGGAACAGCUGCUGCGCGAAACUCCCCAGUUUGGCCCGUUCCGUGGGGAGUAUCCGCCGAUAGCGGCGUAUCUGGCACCGGACACGGCCGCUAUCUACGGUACGCGUGGUUCGUCUGCUGUCCAGCCACCGGUGUCGGAGUACGCGAAUCCGCUGCUCCCGGGUGGCAUCAAUGCGCAGGACAGUGCGAGCAGUGAGCAUCAGUCCGGAGCGGCCGGUAAACCGAUCUCGACCAAGCUUUCGAUUGUCAAACCGAUGGCAAGCUCACACGAGGAUCCGAUCCCGUACGAAGAGACAGACUCGGACAUGGGACGAGCUCGGAGCAAACGAUCGGCCCAUCAUCAUCCGGAUCAUAAAGGUGACAGCCACGACGAUGGUUGGCAACCGAUGGCGACGGGCGUUGGUGCUAAUGCAGGAAGCAGUUGGUGUACAGUAAUGCUGGGACUUGUGUUUGCGGUUGCGCCCACAAUUUUGCUACGACGAACGGUGGUGGCGUGAGACGUGUGAUCGUCUGUACGAGGGGCAGGACGCGCACGGGAUGCAGUAUUAGCGGGUAGUUGUGGAGCGGUCGAGGAGCACGGUAGAAUUAGCAUUUUAUUUAAAAUAGUGAAACACGCACGUUGAUUAGAGCAACAAAAACCACUUCGGUUAUAGGUAGAGAUGGGGAAAAACGGUUAUCUAGCGAGCGUGCAGAUGGAAGCGAGUAAGCAGCAGGUUAACUUAAACGAGAAACAUCGGAUAGAUUGCAUAAGAAGAUCUACAUCUGCUUGGGUUGUGCAAGGCAACGCUCACACAGUCUAUUUGUUGUGAGUUGUAAAUAAAGUUGAAAAUUGACAGAAAAAUA